AUGGGUAACUCACAGGCGUCUCCCUCGUCCGCCUCCUCUGCCAGCUUCGUCACGGCCUCCAGGGCCUUCUCGAAGCAGGCGCUGGACGACCUGCGCGCGCACUUCUCCUCGCUCGCCGCGCAGUCGGGGACCCAGGGGCGCGCCAUAUCCCGCCCCGUUUUCCUUGAUUAUUUCGGGGUACGUGGGGCGCUCGGCGAUAGGCUAUUCCAGUUGGUGGCGAAGGAGAGCAGCGUGGAAGAUGGAGUCACCUUCGAGGGUUUGAUCGUCUCCAAAGCAACAUAUGAAAGGGGAACUAAAGAUGAAGCCGAUGAGUUCAUUUUUCAACUGUGCGAUGUGAUGGGAGAUAGUAUCUUAACAAGGUAUUUCUUGAAUGUGCUGGUAGAAUUGAGUCUUCUUCUGAUAUGUUGGUCUGAUCUGGCAGCUGUAUUGGCGUCCAUUCAUGAAACCAUAUUUGCAGAUAAUAAGGAAGCCAGGGAAGGUUCAAACAAGAGUACAUUUGAAGCAUUUCUCAACUCUGCGGUAUUUUCGAAAGAUGCUGGAGGGGUCUCUGAGAAAUCUAUGUCAUUAUCAGACUUUAGAAACUGGUGUAUUGUCAUGCCAUCACUGAGGAAAUUCCUUGGAAGUUUGUUGAUGCCCCCUGACUCAGGCAGAGCCGGCUUCCAGGUACCUCUACUUCAUUAUCCAGAAAACAUGUCCUCCGAGUUGCUACUCUUAAAUAAAGAGUAUGCUUGGCAUAUAGGAGGUGGCUUCUCUCAACAUGAUGUGCAAGAGUGGAAGCUUCUAUACCACAGUUCUCUUCAUGGACAAAGCUUCAACACUUUCUUAGGCAAUGUAACGAAUGGAGAUGCACAGACUGUUUUGGUUAUUAAAGAUACAGAAGGUUCCAUUUAUGGUGCAUAUGCAUCACAACCAUGGGAAAGGCACAGUGAUUUUUAUGGUGACAUGAAGACAUUCCUUUUCAAGUUAUAUCCCGAAGCGUCCAUAUUUCGCCCUACUGGAGCAAACAAAAGUUUGCAAUGGUGUGCUGUGAACUUCACCUCUGAGAACAUUCCAAAUGGUAUCGGCUUUGGAGGGAAGCCACAUCACUUUGGCCUUUUCCUCUCUGCGGGCUUCGAUCAAGGGCACUCAUUUACCUCCAGCACAUUCACCAAUCCUCCCCUUUCCAACACGAGCAGGUUCAGACCAGAAGUUAUUGAAUGUUGGGGGAUACAAGUGAAGGGAUCGAAUGACGAGAAGCCGGAGCUUGUAAAGGGGACGGUCCUUGAGAGAUUCAAGGAGGAUCGGAACAUGCUGAAGCUGAUUGGUAUGGCGAGUGCGAGUGACUGA